AUGUUUUACCAGAGAUGUCAUAGGGAGUUCGUAGUCACCCUCACAAAGAGCCCACUAAAGACAAUUGCCAAGAUGCUACUAAAAGCCCAAAAGUACAUAAAUACAGAAGAUGUACUAGCUGCGAUAGGAGAAGAAAGCAUGCCUAAAGGAAAAGAAAGUGCAAGGGAAGACCGAAGGGGACGCAAGAGAGAAAGGAAAUAUCGUCAGACCAGUUCCAAUAGAAAUAAACAGAGAGAUGACAAAAUUCUGCAGACGGUAAAAUUCACUCCUCUAGUAAUGCCUAUCGACAAAAUUUUAGUGCAAAUUAAGGACGAACAUCAUCUCAACUGGCCAAAACCACUUCAUUCCUCGCCCAAAGUACGAGACAAGAGGAAAUAUUGCCGUUUCCACAAAGACCACGGCCAUUACACUAAGGAUUGCAGAGACUUGAAGGAGCAGAUAGAAGAAUUGAUUUGGAAAGGAAAGCUGCAAAAAUUUGUAAAAAAGGGCGAGUCUAGCCGAUCUAGGGACAAUUGUAGAGAGAAAUAUGAAAACCAUCUUGUAGAUGAAGAUAAUUCAUACAACCGUCUACAAAACGCAAUCGAAGAAAUAAAGACGAUCAAUAGAGAACCACCCAUUGGUGGAUAUUUCCAUUCCCUUAGGAAAUCCCAACAAAGACUUGUGAACAGUGUUCACGGGAUACUUUCUUUGAAGCAAAAAAGACGAACAAGUAUGGGCAUCCUGUUCUCAGAAGAAGAUGCUAGAGAUGUGAAGCAGCCACAUAACGACCCCCUAGUCAUCAUGCUUAUAAUAAAAGGAUUCAACACUAGACGGAUCCUCAUCGACAAUUGUAGCUCUGCUUGCAUUAUUUACCUUUCGGAUUUCCAACAGUUGAAAGUGGAUCCCAAAAGGUUGCGACCAUUCGAAUCUCCCCUCAUCAAUUUCAACGGAGACCGGGUAUACCCUAGAGGAAUAGUGAUAUUAAUGGUCACAACAAGUUCUUACCCCUUGCAACUCACUAAACAACUUGACUUCCUAGUGGUGGAUUGCCUGUCAUCGUACAAUGUGAUCAUCAGGAGAGCCACACUCAAUCGUUGGAAAGUAGCAACAUCUACGUACUGCCUAAAGGUAAAAUUCCCAACAGAACACGGCAUAGGCGAAGUCAAAGGAGACCAGGUGUUAGCCAGGAAAUGCUACCAAGCCGUUCUAGCCACCAAGGAGAACCAUACUUGGAUGAUCGAGGAAGAAGAGAAGAAGAAGAUGGAAGCCCUGGAAAUGGUAAAUUUAGUAGACAGAGAACCGGUGAAGACGAUGAAUAGGAACGAACCUGAAUAA